UGCUCGACGCUGCCAGUAACGGCUGUGCGCCGCGUCUCCACCCCUCAGCGGGCGGCGGUGAGUGCGCCAGGCCAGCGCCGGCGUGGGACCGAGCGGGGCGGGAAGGCGCCGAGCUGAACGCUGGCACGGUUUCCUAGAUCUAAAAGAAAGGCCGAGUUAGAGUACCCUUCCAAAAUGGCUGCUAUUAAGGAGGAGAGAGAGGUGGAAGAUUACAAGAGAAAAGGAAGACGAUCCUCACAGCAGAAAUACCGUAGACUGAAUAAGGGCCAUGAGCCUAAGGAGCCAGAGCAGUUGAGAAAGCUGUUCAUUGGAGGUCUGAGCUUUGAAACAACAGAUGAUAGCUUGAGAGAGCACUUUGAAAAAUGGGGCACACUCACGGACUGUGUGGUGAUGAGAGACCCACAAACAAAACGUUCCAGAGGCUUUGGCUUUGUUACUUACUCUUGUGUGGAAGAGGUGGAUGCGGCCAUGAGUGCUCGACCACAUAAGGUUGAUGGACGUGUGGUUGAACCAAAGAGAGCGGUUUCAAGGGAGGAUUCUGUAAAGCCUGGGGCGCAUCUCACAGUAAAGAAAAUAUUUGUUGGUGGCAUUAAAGAAGACACAGAAGAAUAUAAUUUAAGGGAGUACUUUGAAAAAUAUGGCAAGAUCGAAACGAUAGAAGUCAUGGAAGACAGGCAAAGUGGAAAGAAAAGAGGCUUCGCUUUUGUAACUUUUGAUGAUCAUGAUACAGUUGAUAAAAUUGUUGUUCAGAAAUACCAUACUAUAAAUGGUCAUAACUGCGAAGUGAAAAAAGCACUCUCAAAACAAGAGAUGCAGACUGCCAGCUCUCAGAGAGUAAAAUACUUUGCAGGUCGUGGGGGUGGUUCCGGCAACUUCAUGGGUCGUGGAAAUUUUGGAGGUGGUGGAGGAAACUUUGGCCGAGGAGGCAACUUUGGUGGGAGAGGAGGCUAUGGGGGUGGUGGUGGCGGUGGUGGGAGCAGAGGAAGCUUUGGGGGUGGUGACGGAUACAAUGGAUUUGGUGAUGGUGGCAACUAUGGAGGUGGUCCUGGCUAUGGCAGCAGAGGGGGUUAUGGUGGUGGUGGAGGACCAGGAUAUGGAAACCCAGGUGGUGGAUAUGGAGGUGGAGGAGGAGGAUACGAUGGCUACAAUGAAGGAGGAAAUUUUGGAGGUGGUAAUUAUGGUGGCAGUGGAAACUACAAUGACUUUGGUAACUACAGUGGACAGCAGCAGUCCAAUUACGGUCCCAUGAAAGGUGGUGGCAGCUUUGGUGGUAGAAGUUCAGGCAGUCCCUAUGGUGGUGGUUAUGGAUCUGGAAGUGGAAGUGGGGGCUAUGGUGGUAGAAGAUUCUAAAAAUGCUACCAGAAAAAGGGUUGAAUGAGAAGCUGCUGCUUGACAAAAUGGGGAAUGUCUUGCACAUCCUCUUCCAUUGAAGGUUUCUGACUGGGUAAGAUUGUAGUGCAUAGUAAAAUGUGUUUUUUGCUUAUUUCCUUGUAGGCUUUCCCUGGCCAGCCUUUUGAUAGCAGGGAAAGCUUUAAGUAUAAAGGAGCAAGUGUUCCAAAGAAUGCUGUCCACUGUUUCUUGUUCUGGAUUAGGGGUGUUGGCUGAUAUAAUUGCUGUUCAAGAAUCUUCCAUUCCUGGCAGGUACAAUAAUGCUAUGUCAGAGAUCAACAAAAUAGCAAUGAUAAAUGGUUAUAAAUAUGUGCUCUGAUUACCGUUAGGAGUGUACUUCCUUUUUUUUGAGAACAUGUUCUUGAAACUCAGGUGACAUAGAAGGGCUCGGAUAUGUAAGCUGUUCCUCACAGUCCAAAGUAGUUCUGCGUUAUCCUGAAGCUCUAAUUGACAUUAAGACAUUCUGCGUUGAUGCGAUCAAUGAUUUUCCUUCCCAAUAAAUGCCUUGCCAUACCAAGCAGGUUGUACUUAAACACAGAGUUCCCUUUCAGAUGUUUUGGUUCUUUCAGGGUAGGUUUGUGGAGGCUAAUAUUUUAAAGGGAUACCCAGCUGAAAGCACCGCUCUAUAUGGAUGAAUAGCAAUGAAAUUAAUUCAUGGAUUUUAUUUAUUUAUGGUGGUUUUUUUUUUUGCAUGUGGGUUCUUAACUCUUGGAAUGUGUAUUUCCUAUUCUGCUGUAUCCCAGGACUAUCCCGUACCUGUAAGAGUCUAUAAUGUAAAAAGUCCUUUGGAUAGUAGUUAACUGUUUGAACUUCUCAAUACCUCUUUGCAUCGUUGCAGUAUUUUUGAAAAGUCUGUUUCUGUUUUUGUGCUCAACUUACUCAGAACAAGACAAAUGGAAUACAUGCAGUUCAGGACUUGGCCAUAUUGCUGACUGAUUCCAGUAGCUGAACUUGCUAGCAGCUGUCUGAACAGCUAGAAAACAAACUUCAUGUUGGAACACAUACAAUCAGAGGUUAACUUGAAGUAUUUUUACAAUGGUAAUGUGCAAAUUUCAUAUAAUCAGGAGAUACAUAGUGAAUGGAAAUCUCAUAGUGAGUAUAUACUUAAAUAAAGUGUUGACAAAUGUUUUUACUUAGGGGUGAGCCGGGAUUAAACCUGCUGCAGUGAGAUCACAGGCUCCUUAGUAUAGCACACUAGGUAGCUUGUUGUAGGUGACUUGCUUGCUAUCUUACCUAGAGGUGAAAAGCACCUUAGUUUUCUCUCUGCUAUGCCGUGUUGUCCUUGUGAGCUGAUGCAGUCACUCAGUGCCACAAGUCACCAGGGAAAGCAUUCAUGUGCUGUUUGUACAAAGGUAUUUGUCCAUUGGGGGAAGGUGGCAAUUUUUUAAAAGGAAAGAUCUUGGAAAAAUGGGUAAGUUCUACUCAACAAAAAUGUCUAGCUUGCAUUGCAGUACUCAGUACAGCAGCCUAGUAAAGCCUUACCCCUCCAUACUGUGGUCUUUUAGGUUUUUUUGCACUAAGCGUGUGCAAAGAUAUUCCUUGAGCUAUGUUUGCAGUUGGUUUUGUAGCACUCCUAUUAGAUUGAUUGGCUUCAGUUACACAUACCUCAUUGGUUGUUUUUUUGUUUGUUUUGUUUUUCGUUCAGAAAUAAAACUUCUCAAAGAUGAUCAAAUCCUUAAGGCAUAUUUGAUCAAGCAUUUUUAUGCCCAAGAGACACACUUCCAAGAGUUAAGGACAUUAUUUUUCUCUAGCAGCUGUAAAUGGAGAUGUAAGGAUGUGAAAAUAAAGUUGCAAAGUAUUGCAGUUCUGUAGCAACUUUUUAAAUACCUCAAACUGUGUGUUAACUCAAAAGCCAUUUGUCCUUCCAGGUAGUAAACGUAUUUGCCCAGAAUGAGCCCAGGCUGAUGCAGAUGCGAUAAAUUGUUUGUUAUUAGACAAUACCGAAACACCAUGGCAUCUUAACUUUGAUAUCCUUUGAAUAUUUUACUAUGGGAAUGGGAAUGCUCCUCCUCUUCCAAGUGUUGCUUGUGUGAUGUACUGACGUACUGGUUUUGCUUCCUGUAUUUAAGCCAUUAACUUUUAUUCACAGACUGUCUGCAUUUCAACAAAGCAUUCACAUAUCAGUCUGUGAUCUCUGACAAAUAUUUGUAUCUUGUGUGAAGCAUGAAAGAUCUUGAGUAUCACUAAAAUGCAGAUAUCUGAUGGAUGGAUUCUUUUUCUGCUGUGGGUGCUACAGGUUGACAUCUGUCUAAGAUUAGCUUUUUCCUCAUCUAAAAAUCCAACUAUCUGCGUAGAAGAAAAAUGACCUUCAUGUAGAAGACAAUACUGGAAGAUUGGAAACAGAAUAAUAUAUUAAAAUAACUGGCAAAGACUUCAAGAGCAAUGGUGCUAGUAUGGUGAUAUCUGAUCCUUGUGGUUAAACAAGUUCAAAAAGUAUGGAAGUGAAAAAUUUCAGUAUAGUCCAUAAUGGAUUGAAAUGUUAAAACACUUCAUUUUUGUAUCAAAAUAAAGUGUAUGUUGUCAAAUGA